GCGACUUGUCGCGGAGUAUGCGCGUCACCACAGGCACUAGGAAGCUCCACGUCAGUAAGUCCUGCUGUACGAUUUGACCAGGAAGGCAGCAGUUAGUGCUGGCUAUUUACAACUAUGCCUCUGAGACUUGAUAUAAAAAGGAAGCUGACUGCUCGGUCUGACCGAGUAAAAAGCGUUGACCUACACCCAACAGAGCCAUGGAUGCUAGCCAGUCUUUACAAUGGCAGUGUCUGUGUAUGGAAUCAUGAAACUCAGACAUUGGUGAAGACCUUUGAAGUGUGUGAUUUGCCUGUUAGAGCUUCCAAGUUUGUGGCCAGAAAAAACUGGGUCAUCACAGGAGCUGAUGACAUGCAAAUCCGAGUUUUUAACUACAACACGUUGGAAAGAGUUCAUAUUUUUGAAGCACAUUCCGACUAUAUUCGUUGUAUUGCUGUGCAUCCAACUCAGCCAUUUAUCUUAACCAGCAGUGAUGAUAUGCUUAUCAAGCUAUGGGAUUGGGAAAAGAAGUGGUCUUGUACUCAAGUAUUUGAAGGACAUACGCAUUAUGUUAUGCAAAUUGUCAUCAAUCCUAAAGAUAAUAACCAGUUUGCUAGUGCUUCUUUGGACAGGACUAUAAAGGUGUGGCAGCUUGGCUCAUCAUCCCCAAAUUUUACUUUAGAAGGCCAUGAAAAAGGAGUGAACUGCAUCGAUUAUUAUAGUGGAGGUGAUAAACCCUACUUAAUUUCUGGGGCUGAUGACCGACUUGUGAAGAUAUGGGACUAUCAGAAUAAAACAUGUGUCCAGACAUUAGAAGGACAUGCGCAAAAUGUGUCUUGUGUCAGUUUCCACCCAGAGCUGCCAAUUAUCAUUACUGGUUCAGAAGAUGGAACUGUUCGCAUCUGGCACUCAAGUACAUACCGCCUUGAAAGUACUCUAAAUUAUGGAAUGGAGAGGGUCUGGUGUGUAGCAAGCUUAAGAGGUUCAAAUAAUGUUGCACUGGGAUAUGAUGAAGGCAGCAUCAUUGUUAAGCUUGGUCGGGAAGAGCCAGCUAUGUCUAUGGAUGCUAAUGGAAAAAUUAUUUGGGCAAAACAUUCUGAGAUCCAGCAAGCAAAUCUGAAGGCAAUGGGUGAUACUGAAAUUAAGGAUGGGGAAAGACUACCACUGGCUGUUAAGGACAUGGGAAGCUGUGAGAUCUAUCCACAGACAAUUCAGCAUAACCCCAAUGGAAGGUUUGUCGUAGUUUGUGGUGAUGGUGAAUACAUUAUCUACACAGCCAUGGCUUUGAGAAACAAGAGUUUUGGUUCAGCACAGGAGUUUGUGUGGGCACAUGAUUCAUCUGAGUAUGCUAUAAGAGAAAGCAACAGUGUUGUGAAAAUUUUUAAGAACUUCAAAGAAAAGAAGUCUUUUAAACCUGAUUUUGGAGCAGAGGGAGUUUAUGGUGGAUAUUUGCUUGGUGUGCGUUCUGUGAAUGGUUUGGCUUUCUACGAUUGGGAAAACACAGAGCUGACGCGUAGAAUUGAAAUUCAACCCAAACAUAUUUUCUGGUCUGAUUCUGGCGAGUUAGUGUGCAUAGCUACAGAGGAAUCCUUCUUCAUUCUGAAGUAUCUUCCUGAGAAAGUUGCAGCAGCACAGGAAUCCCAUGAAGGUGUGACCGAAGAUGGUAUUGAAGAAGCCUUUGAGGUACUUGGCGAAAUUCCAGAGAUAGUGAAGACCGGCCUUUGGGUUGGAGACUGUUUUAUUUACACAAGCUCUGUGAAUAGAUUGAACUACUAUGUAGGUGGAGAGAUCGUCACCAUUGCCCAUUUGGAUAGGACCAUGUAUCUACUAGGUUAUAUUCCAAAAGACAACCGCCUGUAUCUGGGAGACAAGGAGCUGAAUAUUGUCAGCUAUUCACUUUUGGUUUCUGUGUUGGAAUAUCAGACUGCAGUCAUGAGGAGGGAUUUCGGCAUGGCAGACAAGGUUCUUCCCACAAUUCCAAAGGAACAAAGAACAAGAGUGGCACACUUCCUAGAAAAACAGGGUUUUAAACAACAAGCCCUUGCAGUGUCUACAGAUCCUGAGCAUCGUUUUGAACUUGCACUACAACUUGGUGAACUGAAAAUUGCUUACCAAUUGGCAGUAGAAGCAGAGUCAGAACAGAAGUGGAAACAGCUGGCAGAGUUGGCCAUCAGUAAGUGCCAGUUUGUAUUGGCCCAGGAAUGUCUGCACCACGCCCAGGAUUAUGGAGGAUUACUGCUGUUGGCGACUGCCUCAGGCAAUUCAUCCAUGGUCAACAGACUAGCUGAAGGAGCAGAGAAAGAUGGAAAGAACAAUGUGGCCUUCUUGUCUUACUUCUUGCAGGGAAGAGUUGAACAUUGCCUAGAACUACUAAUUAAGACAGGACGUCUACCUGAAGCAGCAUUUUUAGCCCGGACCUACCUUCCUAGCCACAUUUCAAGGGUUGUUAAACUAUGGAGAGAGUCUUUAUCAAAAUUAAAUCAAAAAGCUGCCGAUUCCCUUGCUGACCCCACAGAGUAUGAAAACCUGUUCCCUGGAUUGAGGGAUGCAUUUGCAGCUGAGCUUUACUUAAAAGAAACAAGCCAUGACAAACUGAGACAAGCUAAGGAAUACCCACUUGUCACACCAAAUGAAGAGAGAAAUGUAUUGGAAGAAGCUAAAGCUUUUAAACCUUCUGACACCAUGGCAUCAAAGGAAUUAUUCCAGGAAGAUAAAGCACCUAUGCCUGAAGCAAAGUUUGCCCCAUCCCCAGUCAGUCCAUCACCAGAGGCCACUGCAGUACAAAGUAGCCUGCCUCAAGAGUACAAGCCUGAGUCCAAAGCAGAAGAAGAAUCUUUCCAAGAAGAUAAAGCACCUACACCUCAACCAGAAACACCAACAUCUGAAUCAGAACCUCUCCCAUCCCUGUCCCCAGCCCGUACUCCAUCGCCUGAGCCCACUUCAGAGCAACCUACCCUGCAUCAGGAACCCAAACUCCAGCCUAAAACUGAAAAAAGCCUACUAGACUUAGAAGAGGACCUGGAUAAUUUGGAGCUUGAAGAUAUUGAUACAACGGAUGUCAAUUUUGAUGACGAUUUCUUAGAUGACUAAAUUGCACAAACUGUUCUAUUUAAGCGACCAACUUUUUUAAAAGUACUUAAGAUUUCCUAUUUUCUGCAUGUUGAGGGAAGAAACUGGAGAACAUUUCUUCCUUUGGUGAUGUCAACAACCGACAUGUAAUGGAUGCAGCUGAUAUCAGUAUAUUUUAUACUUUGUGAAGAGGACUUUUAUUUUACAGAUGAUGUGUUUGCACAGGUGGCAUACCAGAGGUGAAGCGUUUCACAGUGCACAUGUUCAGCUGUGUUUGCAAGGAUUACAAAUAAAACGUAUUACUCCUUA